AUGAUCGUGUCCAACGUGAGCCUGAGCGGCUGCGCGGAGGUCAACAGCGCUGUGUGCGCCGGAGCCGGGGAAGGGCACCUGGGGGGCGGAUCAUACCGGACCACCCUCACCCCGACGGGGAACCUGGUGGUGGCCGUGUGCCUGGGCUUCAUCGGCACUUUCGGACUUAUGAACAACCUGCUGGUGCUGCUGCUCUUCUGCCGCUACAAGAUGCUGCGGUCUCCCAUCAACCUGCUCCUGAUGAACAUUUCCAUCAGCGACCUGCUGGUGUGCGUACUGGGGACUCCGUUCAGCUUCGCGGCCAGCACGCAGGGAAGGUGGCUCAUAGGGGAAGGAGGAUGCGUGUGGUACGGCUUCGCCAACUCCCUGUUUGGCAUCGUGUCCCUGAUCUCGCUGGCUGUCCUCUCCUACGAGCGCUACAGCACCAUGAUGGCCCCCACUGAGGCCGACUCCUCCAACUACCGCAAGAUCUCCCUGGGCAUCGCCCUGUCCUGGGUCUACUCCCUCAUCUGGACGGUGCCGCCGCUCUUCGGCUGGAGCCACUACGGCCCCGAGGGCCCCGGGACCACCUGCUCCGUCGACUGGACGGCCAAGACGGCGAACAACAUAUCGUACAUCGUCUGUCUGUUUGUCUUCUGCCUCAUCGUGCCGUUCCUGGUGAUCGUGUUCUGCUACGGGAAGCUUCUGUGCGCCAUCAGACAGGUGAGCGGGAUCAAUGCGUCGAUGAGCAGGAGGCGUGAGCAGCGAGUCUUAUUCAUGGUGGUGAUCAUGGUGAUCUGCUACCUUUUGUGCUGGCUGCCCUACGGCACCAUGGCCCUGCUGGCCACCUUCGGACCGCCGGGCCUGGUCACGCCCGAGGCCAGCAUCAUCCCCUCGGUCCUGGCCAAAACCAGCACGGUCAUCAACCCGGUCAUCUACGUCUUCAUGAAUAAACAGUUUUACAGAUGUUUCCAGGCCCUGCUGCGCUGCGAGACUCCUCGACGGGGCUCCAGCCUGAGGAGCUCCUCCAAGGUCGCCACCAAGGCCAUGAGGGGCGCAGCAGUCACCGGUCCUCGCCGUUCCAAUGAUUUCCUAUUUAUGGUGGCCUCGUUGGGUCAACCUGCCGCCACGGUGCCCCAGCUGGGCCCCUCCUGUGAACCCACCAUUGAUAUCACCAAAGCCGCUUCUUCGGACAACAAACCUGUGGUAGUAUCACUAGUGGCCCACUUUGAUGGCUGA